UACAAAUUUGUGAAAAACGUUUUUAGGCAUGUUAGCUCAAUGGUCCCAUCGCUGUAUGACACGCUUUGUCUGCAAACGUGAGUUUAGUGAUGAAUGCCCACCACCCCCCACCAAAUUCCAGACCAAGCACCUAAAGGAAAUCGGGAAGAGGCAGCAUGAUGAAAAAAUCAGUGUGGUGGGUGUGGGUCAAGUGGGCAUCGCUUGUAGCGCAUUUAUACUCCAACGCCGCCUGACCAAUCAUCUGGUGUUUAUGGAUAUACGUAAAGAUUGGAUUAAAGCCGAGGCUCUGGAUUUUUUGCACGCAUCAAGCACCACUGGCUCACAAAAGAUAACAGCCACUGUGGAUGGCAAAGAGAUGGCUGGCUCCAAAUAUGUGGUAAUCACAACCGGUUUGCGUCCGACGAAGGACCAAUCCAGAUUGGAUGUGGCACAAAAGACAACAGAUAUGAUAGUCAAGAUUAUGCCGCCCUUGUUGGAAUACUGUCCAAAUGCCACAUUCAUCGUAGUAUCGAAUCCAGCAGACGUUAUAACGUGGCUGAUACAAAAAUUGGGGAAAUUACCAAAGCAUCGCUGCCUUUCGACCGGCUGCCAUCUAGACUCGCUGCGGUUCCGGUACUUCAUAUCGAAGCGUCUGGGCGUGGCUCCAUCUGCUGUGGAAGGCUACAUUAUUGGCGAGCACGGAAAUAGUUCGGUGCCCGUGUGGUCGAGCGUCAUGGUGGGUGGCAUUGCGUUGCUUCGAAUAAUGCCGGACAUCGGCACAGAAUCUGACAAAGAAAAGUGGUCCAAAGUGCACGAGCAGGUGGUGAAGGGUGCCUCGACCGUUUCGUCCAUCAAAACGUAUACGAACUGGGCCAUUGGGAUGACCGUUUCGGAUGUUAUUUCGGCACUGAAGGAUAACAGCGGCCGCAUUCUGUCCGUGGCAACGGACGUGCAGGGGUUUAUGGGCAUUGAGGAUAGCGUGGUGCUAUCGCUUCCUUGCAUUCUUACCUCGGACGGUAUUGCGCAAGUCGUGGAGUUGCCUCUAACUGAUUUUGAGAAGGAUAUGCUGAAGAAAUCAGUGGACACGCUGAUUAAGGCGCAGUGCUCGAUUAAAUUUUAACUAAUAAAUGUUCCAGGUUGUUCUCGGUCUACCUGCUGAGAAUCGGGCUUCAAGGGCCAUUUUGUUUAGACCAGAAAUAGCUACACACUUUCAAAAACGCAUGGCCCUUAAUAAGCUAAAAACUCAAUUCUAACAAAAAGCAGACAUAUCGACUAACCCAUGUUU